AUGGGUCGCAAAAAUGCCGCAGCUUGGCUCCUCCAGACGCUCGUCCUGUGGCUGCUCUGCGCGCCGUCACUCGGACAGGUGUUCAACCUGACGCUGUCUGUCAAAGAGGGCUUGCCCGCUAAAACCAUCGUUGGAGAUCUGGGCGCGGGGCUGAGGAAGCCAAGUACUGGAUUCUUCAUCUCAGAGAGCAGGGACUCGUACGUGUUCAGAGACCUGGAAAUAGACGCAGACACGGGGAUCAUCUCCACAGCCGUGAUCCUGGACAGAGAGAGCAGGGAUAAGUAUGAAUUCGUUGCAGCCACUCUCACAGGUGAGAUGAUCAAGGUGAAACUAGAGGUGGAAGACGUGAACGACCAUUCACCUGUGUUCCCCUCAGGGGUGGUUGACUUGGAAAUAUCAGAGCUGAGCCCCCCAGGGAGCCGGUUUCAGCUUGAAGGUGCUAAAGACAAGGAUGUGGGUGAGUUUGGUACCCAGGGAUACAGGAUCACAGAGAGCGAGAUGGGGGAGUUGUUCCACCUGGAUUAUCGGAGCGGAUCUGAGAACCACAUGACCCUGGAUCUCAUCCUUAAUAGCAAAGUAGACAGAGAAACACUGGACUAUUACUCCCUAACCAUUGAGGCCUUCGAUGGCGGCAUCCCGGCCAGGACAGGGACCCUUCAGGUGAACGUCCACGUCCUGGAUGAGAACGAUAAUCCGCCUGUGUUCAGUGAGACUGAAUAUCACACCUCGGUGCCUGAGGAUGCUCCGGUCAUGUCCGCCGUUUGUCAAGUGCACGCCACAGACCUGGACCUGGGCGACAAUGGCAGAAUAACUUAUGAGAUCAACAGGCGCCAGAGUGACCCCAAUGAGGUUUUCUCCAUCAAUGAAACCACAGGGCUGGUUUACCUCAACAAGCCGCUUGAUUUUGAGUCCCAAGCUUUUCAUGAGUUGAUCAUCAGGGCGAGUGACAACGGGGCUCAGCCUGAGUACAGCAGCACUUUUGUGGGUGUAAAAGUGCUCAACAUCAACGACAACAGUCCCACCAUUAGCAUCUUGUUUCUCAGUGAGACGGGAGAUGCGGUGGUGUCAGAGGCAGCAGCAGUUGGGGACUAUGUCGCCCGGAUUUCAGUGUCAGACCCUGACCUUGAGGAGGAGGGGGUCACUGUCACCCUUGAGGGAGGAGAUGGGAAGUUUAACCUGAAGCAGACAGAUGAUUUUCUGUACGCUUUGUGUGUCAACGCAGAGCUAGACAGGGAAGACAAAGAUCUGUAUGAGCUGAAGGUGCAAGCAUCAGAUUUUGGGAGCCCACCCCUGAGCAGCGAGACGGUCUUCCUCCUGAAGGUGGCCGACACCAAUGACUGCCAGCCGGUGUUUGAGAAAGACGUAUACGUCAUCAGCAUCUCAGAGGACGCUCCCCAGGGGAGCUCCCUAAUCCAGAUGCAGGCCCGAGAUGCAGAUGAAGGCGUCAACUCAGACGUCAGGUACUCCGUCCUCAAGUCCAGCCCGGACAGUCUGAUCAGCAUCGACCCAGAGUCGGGCCUUGUCACCACAGCCGCAUCUCUGGACAGAGAGGCACAGAUGGAGGUGUGGUUUCUGGUGGUGGCAACAGAUGGAGGAGAACCAGCUCUGUCAUCCACGGCUACAGUCACUGUGCUGGUGGAGGAUGUCAAUGACAACGAGCCGGUGUUCCAGCAGCAGCUGUAUAACGUGUCCAUACCCGAGCACAGUGACCCCGGAAGCUGCUUCUUACAAGUUGUUGCCAGAGAUGCAGACAGCCCAGACUUUGGCACAGUGCUCUACUCUUUGUCUGAUGGCUUUGACAAGCAGGACCAACACCCCCUCUUCCAAAUCCACCCCCAGACUGGAGAGCUGUGCGUCUCUCAGGAUAUCGAUCGCGACGCGGGACAGACAGUCCACGACAUUCUGGUCAAAGCUGAAGAUCCAGGAGGCCUGAGCGCUCAAACCUACGUGCACAUUGAGAUAGAAGACUUGAACGAUAACGCUCCGGUGUUCAACCCCGACGAGUACACCAUGAGCAUCAGCAGCCACGCACAGCCCGGCACAGAAAUCCUCAACGUUAUCGCCACUGACCGAGAUUCCGGCAGGUUUGGACAGGUCACCUACGAUAUCCUCCCCGGUGACAUGUCCAGUUUGUUCGCACUGGAUAAACAAACAGGGAUGCUCUUCGUGUCCUCCACUCUGACCCACCUGGGCGCAGCCGGCGUGAAGCUCUCGAUAACAGCACAGGAUGGGGAGGGCUUGACCUCGGUCAGACCCGCAGAGGUCACCAUCAAUGUCUUACGCAGCGCUCAGGCUCCAGCUGUGUUCCAGAGGUCACGCUACACCUUUACUGUGCCCGAGGAUGCACCGCCAGGGACCUCUGUGGGAACGGUGGAGGCCAUAAACCCAGCGGACUCUGGGGAAUCUGUAUCCUACCGAAUCUCUUCUGGAGAUCCUCAGGGUUUGUUCUCAGUUCAUCCGAAGUCCGGCCUGAUCAGCAACAUCAAACCUCUGGACCACGAGUCGCAGCCGUACGCGCUGCUGGUUCUUCAGUCCUACACUGACACGUCUCCUGUUUACAGCACCACUCAAGUCAACAUCACUAUCGCUGAUAUCAAUGACAACAUUCCUGUCUUCGCCAAACUCAGUGACACCAUCACCGUGUCCCAGAACACCCUCCCAGGAACCGUGUUGUUCAUCGCUCAUGCGCAUGACUAUGACAGUGGUGCCAACGGGAGGGUGAGCUAUUACCUGAGAAGUAGCAGGAAUGGUACGUUUGCUGUUGACCCCAACCUCGGGACGGUGACGUUAAACCGCAGUUUACAGGUGGAUCGUCAGCAGAGGUACAGCCUGGAAGUCGUGGCUAAAGAUGAAGGAGAACUUUCCCUGAGCUCCGUUCUGACUCUCACAGUCAACGUGGACCGCACCACUGCUGAGGACAGCCUGGCCUUUGAGACUUUAGUCUACCAGGUGGAGAUAGGCGAGGGAUACCGUAAAGAUUCGAGGGUCAUCCAGGUGAGGGCGCACCGGACCCGCGGAGCUCACAUGUUGAACUCAGGACUCACCUACUCCUUGGAGGCGGAAGCCGGGUUCCCUCCUGCUCCGUUUCGGGUUCACCCAAAGACGGGAUGGUUGUAUCUCUCCCAAAACCUGGACUACGAGACAGAAUCCGUGUAUCGCUUUCGGGUGUCGGCCACGUCCAGGGAGGCCUCGCUGGCGAACACCACGGUUACAGCCACAGUGAUUGUGCUGGUGCUGGACGUCAAUGACAACGCUCCAGUGUUCAGCAGUGAGGUCUACUACUUCACCGUAUCAGAGGGGUCGUCGCCUCAAGGCCUGGUAGGAACAGUCAGAGCUGUGGAUAAGGACUCUGGGAAAAACGCCCAGCUGUCCUACAUCCUGCUCUCAGAUGGGAAGUUCUUCCGCAUCAACGCUAAAACAGGGGAAAUCAUCAACUGGGUGGCACUGGACCGGGAGCAGCACAGCCAGCACAGUCUGAAGGUGAUGGUUACAGAUCAGGGUCACCCUCGUCUCAACGCCACCGCCGGCGUUCAGAUCCUGGUCACGGACAUCAAUGACAACGCUCCGCAGUUUACACACCUGCCUGCCAGCAAAGAGCUGAAUGUGCAGAUUUGGGCCGGGCUGCCAACAGGAUCCUUGGUGACAAACAUGUUUGCCAAAGAUCUGGAUGCGGGAGAAAAUGGAACGGUUACCUUCUCAUUGGUCACAGACGAUGAUCUUGGACACUUUGAGAUUGACAGUAAAAGUGGAGACAUCAGAACAACAGAGCUGUUCAGCCAGGAGGUUGAACCGUACUACACCCUGAAAGUAACUGCCAGGGACAGCGGAGUCACACCUCGGGAGGACACAGCAGUCAUUCAUGUACAGGUCCAUGGACUAGAGGCUCCGUACGGCCGCACUGACCACCACAUUGUGAGGCGCUUUACAGUGAGAGAGGACACAGAGCCGGCGGCCGUCAUCGGCUCUGCCGGUGUUCCAGAUAAAGGGAAAUUCCACUAUUCCAUCUCCGAGGGUGACGGGAACGUUCACUUUGGCAUCGACGGCUCCUCUGGUGACAUCUACAUCAACCAGCCGCUGGACUACGAGUCGGCAAUGCAGUACUUCCUCAUGGUUCGAGCUGAGGAUUCUGGCCUCGCUCCCGGAGCCAACGUGUCCGUGCUGGUCAGUGUGAUGGUCGAGGACGUAAAUGACCACACACCCUGGUUCCCUGAUAAACUGGUGACGUUCGGCCUGAGGGAGGACGCUACGGUCGGAUCGCUGGCGUUUGCUUUUCAUGCCAGGGACGCCGAUGGGACCUUUCCUAACAGCGCCCUCCGCUACACUCUGACCUUUGACCCUGAACUCGGUGGGUCAUCACCACGCUUCCCCUUUCAGAUCAACCCUUACACGGGGAGCCUGACUGUAGCGGCACCGUUAGACCGCGAGACCACCUCCAGCUUCGCCUUCACCGUGACGGCCACCGACCAGGCGAAGAGGCAGGACGAGCGUAAACAGACGUCGGUGACGGCUCAGGUCUUUCUGCUGGAUGUGAAUGACAACCGGCCGGUGUUUAUAUCAGCGGAUACGGUUCAGGUGAUGGAGGACGCUGAGGUGGGGAGUCUGCUGCAUCAUUUUGUGGCCAUAGAUGGAGAUAAAGGUGUAAAUGGACUUGUCUCCUUCAUCAUCAUCGCUGGAAACAAGAAUGGGUUCUUCACACUAGAGGAGAAAACAGGGCUUUUGUUUCUCUCGGCCCCUCUGGACUACGAGACGCAGCGUUUCCACCGUCUGACCGUCCGUGCAGUGGACCACGGCCUGCCCUCGCUGUCCUCCACGCAGACUCUGACAGUGGAGGUGGGGGACGUGAACGACCAGCCGCCCGUCUUCACUCAGAGCAUCUACAACGCCAGCGUGGCGGAGAACAGAGACCCCGGAGAACCGGUGGUCAGGGUCUCUGCCACUGAUAAGGACUCAGAGGAGAACGCUGUGGUGUGGUACAGUCUGCUGCCGGGCCCAGGCUACGAGCUCUUCAGCAUCAGCCCUUACACCGGUCUGAUCACCACCACCUCCUCCUACCUGGACAGAGAGCAGCAGCAACAUUACACACUCAGGGUCCAAGCUCGUGACAGCAGCACGCGGCCGCUUUCGGGCACGGCCACGGUGCAGUGCACUGUGCUGGAUGACAACGACAACCCUCCAGAGUUCAUGCAGUCGUCCUUCCAGAUCAGCCUGCCAGAAAACCUGCCCCCUGGGGUCGUCUACACUGCUCAGGCCUCAGAUCCAGACCACGGAGAAAAUGGAACUAUACACUACUCCAUACUAGGUCGCUUCACCAUCAACAGUCACACAGGUGCUGUCAGCACCACGCAGGUCCUUGACCGCGAGGACAGGCAGAAUUACACACUCAACAUACAGGCCCGUGACUAUGGCCCCACCCCGCUCAGCUCCACCACCCAACUCCAGCUGGUGCUGCUGGACCAGAACGAUAACAUCCCCUCUUUCACCCGUAAAAGCUACCAUGCGUCCAUCAGUGAGGGCCUACCUGUCGGAGCUGAGGUCCUGCAUGUUAACGCCUUUGAUCCUGAUGAGGGGCCCAACGGGGACAUAACCUACUCUCUGACAGAGGACAGCAGCCAGGGGGUUUUCUCUGUGGAUGCUUUUACAGGAGUGAUCCGCACCACCAGGGCUCUGGACAGAGAGAACAGGGCUCAGUACACCCUCAGAGCCGUGGCUACUGACGGCUGCACUCAGGGACCCCUGAGCUCCAUGGCGUCUGUGACCGUACAGGUGGAGGAUGUGAACGACAACGUGCCAGUCUGUGACCAGAAUCCCAUUAAUGCAUGGGUUUCCAUGAGGACUCUGCCAAACCAGAUAGUUACCACGGUGAUGGCAACAGAUGGCGACCAGGGCGAGAACGGGACAAUACAUUUUACGUUGUCUGAUGAAGAAAAUCUGUUUGACAUCAACACUGAGUCAGGAGAGAUUUCACUGAGGAGACGAGUGCGAGCAGGUUUCUCGGGGAGGAAGCUGCAGGUUGUGGUUUCAGACCGAGGACGACCUCCUCUGACCUCCACCUGCCUGGUUUUUAUCCACCUGAAGGGAGAACAUGAAGGACUCCACUUCACAAACAAAGUGUACAACACCACUGUCAAGGAGAACAGUAGAGCUGGCACUUGGAUUGCAAAAGUGGAGGCCAGUGACCCAACCAACAGCAGACAAAGGAUCACCUUCACCGUAUUUAGUGGCAAUGAGAAUCACAUUUUCUCCAUUAACCGUCACACAGGUGAGAUCCGGGUGCAGAAGGAUAACUCUCUGGACUUUGAGGUGAGUCCUCAGAUCCAGCUGGUGGUGCUGGCCGACAACGGACUGCAGACGGCUCACUGCAGGGUCUCCAUCACCCUGCAGGACAUCAACGACAACGCACCGCUGUUUGAGCACAGCACUUACAGAACAGCUGUCUGGGAGGGGCAAGUGCACAACACCUACAUUAUGCAGGUGUUUGCGUCUGAUGCUGACAGCGGGAUGAACGGACAGAUUGAAUACUCCAUUGUGUCCGGUAACCAUAAUGAAGCAUUCAUCCUGGACUCUGUGCGAGGGAUCCUUGCUACCAAUGUUUUACUGGACCGUGAGAUCACUCCAUCUUACAAGCUGGUUCUGCAGGUAGCAGACAGGGGGAACCCUCCACUCAGCAGCACCACCACCAUCAGGGUGCAAGUGGUGGACGUCAAUGACAACAGCCCUGCCAUUCCCCCCAUGGAGCCUGUGCUUAUUGCAGAGAAUCUGCCAGCAGGUUACAUGGUCACCCAGGUGACUGCGAACGAUGUGGACCUGAGCUCAACUAUCACCUACAGCUUUUCAGACAACAGUAGCACCAACAGUCCCUUUGCCAUUGACCGAUAUACUGGUGUGGUUACUCUAACACGAGCCCUGGACUACGAGGAGCAGACAGAUUACACUCUGACAGUUUGGGCAUCUGACUCCCUCCACCAGACCUCUGGGGAGCUCAGAGUUCAAGUGCUUGACGUCAAUGACAACGCUCCAGUCUUCACCCAGGUCUCCUACCAGGUGGAGUUGUCAGAGUUGGUCUCAGGAGACACACUGGUUGUGUCAGUGUCUGCCGCUGACAAAGACUCGGGACACAAUGGCAAGAUCACCUACAGACUGCUUUCAUCUCCUUUACAAGGCUUUUACAUCCAGCCAGACAAUGGAUCUGUUUUCACCAACAAGCCCCUAAAGGCCAUCACAAACAGCAACCUGAUCCAUCUUCUGGUUGAGGCACGAGAUGGCGGCGAUCCCGUACACUCCACUGUCACCUCCAUAGACAUACUGAUUCUAGACACCAACGACCAUGCACCUUUAUUCCAUCAGGAUAUCUACACCCUCACUGUCCCAGAGGACACCCCUACAGACACCACCCUCCUCACGCUGACUGCAGAGGACCAGGACUGGAGCCCCGAAAAUACCCAUUUGGACUACGCCAUCAUCAGGGGAAAUGAGAAGAAGCGAUUCUGUCUGGAAGUAAAAAUGAUUGAAGUUGAGAAUCAGAUGAAGAAUUUAGGAAAACUCGUUCUGUGUAACCCUUUAGACCGUGAGACCACAGAGAGCUAUACACUGACAGUGAGUGUGUUUGAUCGAGGAACACCUCCACUGAACUCCUCUGCUAUUGUUAUGGUGACUGUGACAGACUGUAAUGACAAUGCCCCUGUCUUUUCCAGCGCAGAGUACCAUGCACAUGUGAGCGAAAACAGCCAAAUAGGUACCAGGCUGGUCCAGGUCAGUGCUCAAGAUCCUGAUCUAGGAAUCAACGGCCUGUUGCGAUAUGACAUUAUCUCUGGGAACAGCAAAGGUCACCUCAAGCUCGACCCUAACUCUGGUCUUUUGGUUGUCAACCACUCCCUUGACUAUGAGGAAGACUCAAAAUACAGCAUCACUAUCAGAGCAUCUGAUGGCGGUGAAUCAUCUGAAGAACAUAAAGUUGCUUUUACAGUUGUCUUCAUCACAGUGCUGGAUGAAAAUGACAACACUCCGUACUUCACGUUUCCCAGCAUAAACUGUUCGGUGUUGGAGAACCUCCCGGCAUUUACCCACACCUGUUCAGUCCAUGCUGUUGACAAUGACUUAGGCCACUAUGGCCAGGUCACCUACUCAAUUCUAUCCUCCUGCUUCAUGGACUAUGGCAGUGGCAGCCCUGAGAGGAAGGAGGCCUUUGCCAUUGACCCCCUCACAGGGGACAUUCACACCAGACAGACCUUUGAUUUCGAACGCGAGAGUGAGUACUGCUUUGUAGUGGAGGCCAGGGACAAAGGUGACAAAGCAGCUACAGUGAGAGUCCAGGUGACCAUCAAGGGAGUGGAUGAGUUCAGUCCCAUCUUCACCCAGAAGCAGUACCACUUCCUCCUUCCAGAAAACGUCGAGCCUGGAGAGACGGUCGGUUAUGUGAUGGCAAUGGACCAUGAUGGAGGGGUGGAUGGGAUGGUGGAGUACUCACUAGUGAGCUCAUCAUCAUUUUUCUCAAUAAACAAAACAAUUGGUGCUCUCUUUGUGUCAGGUCCUGUAUUUCGCAGAAGAGGUCAUGCCAGUGAGGACAUGGUGCAGCUGGUUGUGUCGGCAAGUAGUCCCAGAUUGGGUUCCAGGUCUACCACCUGCCUGGUUUUCGUCAAUAUCUCCAGCUCAGCAGAAGCAUUCACCGGGGUUCCCCUUGAUGUGCACAUGCUCAGUCUUAGCAUCUCACUAAUUAUGUUCCUCCUUAUCCUCAUCAUUUUCGUGGGCAUGGUUCUCAGGUACAAGAUUAAAGAGGCUGCAAUCAAAAAGGCCGCUGCCAUUGCCGCAAACUUGAACCAUGGCACAGGUUCGUUUGGUAGAUCCAACAGCCAAACGCAAAGUGCCAUCUCUUUGCACGAGAUGAAACGGCCCAGCAUCUUGGUGACCAAUAGGGACAUAUCAAAGCCAUACAAUCAAUCAGACUCGAGCGGCCGUGGAUCAGCAGAAGGUGAGACAGCUGAGGACCAGGAGAUCAAGUGGAUUAAUCAAUACCCCUGCCGUAAAAGAGACGAAUCUGUGAAGACCAACCAGACCACAGAGAUCCCAGACUCUGCCUUACCUGGAGAUACUAUCUCCUGCCACUCUAUCGAUGUAGGGCCGGAGCAUAUUUUAUCAGUCAAUAAAUGUUUAGUCUCAGGGAUGGCCAGUACAGAAAGCCUCCACCACUUCAAAGAGGAGGGAGGAGGUGAAGGGCUACUUCCUGCAAUACUCAGGGUGAGAGAUUUGGAGGAGAGCAUGGGAACAAAAGGGUACGCUCCCCUCUCUGAAGCCCAUGGCUCGGCAGAUUCUCUCUCCUCACUGUUGUGUCUAGACGAGCAGCUGCAGGGCAGCUACAGCUGGGACUUCCUGUUAGACUGGGAGCCACGCUUCCAGACUCUGGCGUCCGUCUUCACCGAUAUCGGGAUGCUCCCUGACGAGGAGCUCCAAGGCGGCCGUGAGGACUUAGCAGCAGAGUCUAGCUGUCUCAUGUACCCACCGCCUCUAAUAACAGGAGUGGCUCAGCCUGGCAUCAGGACUGUACCGCCACGAAAGCUGGGGCGUGUGCCAAGCCUGAGCAAGAAGCCCUCUUACCGCAAAUAUGCGUAUUCCCCCUUAGCCAGGAACACAGGACUUACCCCUUCAGCCAUGACACCAACUUUCUCCCCAUCAUUGUCUUCUCUCACCAUGAGGACCCCCAGUGCCUCACCAGUUGUCUCUGAGACUGGGGUAGGGGGCAUCAGACUUGACUCAGGGCCCCUUACUGCAAGCCUGUUGGAGGCAGAAAUACAGGUGUAG